AUGGGCGCACCAGGCUCCACCAACAUGAGCGGUGUGGCAGCACACCAACCUCCUCCACAGCCACGCUCGAGUGGGCGUAAACGCAACCCCGUUUCCUACGCCGAAGACCCGCCGCCUGAGGCUGCCGACCCUCCGGUCAAGAAGCGCCGCGGCAAGGCUGCUGCACCACAGCCCCCAGCAGCUGUCGACGAUGCCGGACCUUCCGUGUCUACGAAGCAAACCAAACCGAAGCCGCCACCGGCGAGUGAGAAGCGGCUCAAGCGGCAAGAUCUCAACAUUCCGCGAGAAGGCACCUCAGUCGUUCUGUUUGGUGAGAGAUCGAGCACUGACACAACGGUGAGCCCGACCCCCUCCCACAGCCUCACAUGGAUCUGCCAGUCCAACAAUACUGAUCGACACAACAGCAUGUUCGUCAUCGAUCGCUGUCGUAAAGGAACAGACGCCUGUCCAGAGGAAGAGAUCAGCAUUGCAGGGACAACCGGUAACAUUUACGUUGUCAACAUAUCGCUCAUCCCCAGCUGCACGUGCCCUCACGCCGAAAAGGGUAAUCAGUGCAAGCACAUCGCCUAUGUGCUUAUUCGCGUGCUCAAAGCUCCCCCACACCUUCAGUACCAGCUGGCCUUUCUCGCAUCUGAGCUCGGGGAUAUCUUUUCCAAAGCCCCGCCAAUCCCGUCGGGCGAACCUAACGACAAGGACGGCCGUAAGCCUGUGGAAGGGGUCGACUGUCCCAUCUGCUGCGAGGAAUUCCAACCCGUUGGUGAAGAAAUCGUAUGGUGCAAAGCUGCUUGCGGCAACAAUGUGCACAGGGCCUGCUUCGAGCAAUGGGCUGCCACCAAGGGCGGUCACAAUGUGACUUGCCCGUAUUGCCGCACGCCUUGGGCCGGAGACGAGGACAUGCUGAAGAAAGUCCUCAAGACGGGCGAGAAGAACCAUGAAGGUUACGUCAAUGUUGCUUCUCAGCUGGGGCUUGAUGGCGAGCGAGACUAUUCAACCUACCACCCCUUCUGGGUUCGCAGACAAGCUCGAAAUGGCAACAUCGAUGCCUCGUGGCGAGAAUUCGAGUUCUGGGACGAUUAUUGA